AUGGCAGACCGCCGCCAGUCGCAGUCGUCCGAGGACUUUGGCAUCUACGACCCGGCCGAGCAGUACUACUCGUCCGACGCACGUCAUCGCAACACUGCCCGCAACAGGACAUACUCUCAGACCACUUUCAACCGUCAGUUUGAGAACUUUGCCGGAAGGGAACCGCAUCGUCGCGGCAGUCACGAUGAGAAACCGUCUGGACAGGGCCGGAGGUUCCUGGUCCAGGUCGAGGCCACCCUCAAGAGCCUCCAGGAGCAGGAAGACACGGAUCACAACAUGCAGAUCACCAUCGAAGACAGCGGACCCAAGGUGAUCUCCCUGCGCACGGCCGGCUCGGCGGGCCACAACCGCUUCGACGUGCGCGGCACGUACAUGCUCUCCAACCUGCUGCAGGAGCUCACCCUGGCCAAGGAGUACGGACGGUCGCAGAUCGUGCUGGACGAGGGCCGUCUUAACGAGAACCCCACCGACCGUCUCUCGCGGCUGAUCCGCGACCACUUCUGGGAUGGGCUGACGAGGCGCAUCGAUGCCUCGUCCGUCGAGAUCGCCGCCAAGGACCCCAAGGACUGGACCGACAACCCGAUCCCGCGCAUCUACGUGCCCCCCGGAGCGCCGGAGCAGUACGAGUACUACAAGCGCGUCGCCAGGGAGCGGCCGGAGAUCAACCUGGACGUGCAGAUGCUCCGAGACAAGAUCACGCCCGAGUACAUCAUCGAGCUCAGCGAGAAGCCCGGUCUGCUGGUCGUCGCCACCAGGGAGGUCAAGGACGAGGUCACGGGCGAGACGACGCUGGAGGGCCUCCCGUUUGUCGUCCCCGGCGGCCGGUUCAACGAGCUCUACGGCUGGGACAGCUACAUGGCGGGCCUGGGCCUCCUGGUCAACGACCGGGCGGACAUGGUCAAGUCGAUUGUCGAGAACUUCUGCUUCUGCAUCGAGCACUACGGCAAGAUCCUCAACGCUACGAGGACCUACUACCUGGGCCGAUCGCAGCCGCCGUUCCUGACGGACAUGGCGCUGCGCGUGUACGAGAAGAUCAAGCACCAGCCGGGUGCGCUCGACUUCCUGCGCCGGUCGAUCCUGGCGGCCAUCAAGGAGUACCACACGGUGUGGACGUCGGAGCCUCGACUGGACCCGGUGACGGGCCUGUCGCGCUACCGGCCCGAGGGUCGGGGCGUGCCGCCGGAGACGGAGCCGACGCACUUUGUGCACAUCCUGACGCCCUACGCCAAGAAGCACAAGAUGGAGUUCAAGGAGUUUGUGCGGGCGUACAACUACGGCGAGAUCGAGGAGCCGGACCUGGACGAGUACUUCCUGCACGACCGGUCGGUGCGCGAGUCUGGCCACGACACGUCGUACCGUCUCGAGGGCGUGUGCGCGAACCUGGCGACGAUCGACCUCAACUCGCUGCUGUUCAAGUACGAGACGGACAUUGCGCGGACGAUCCGCAGCCUGUUCGGCGACAAGCUGGUGAUGCCGGCCGAGUUCUGCGCGGGCACGCCCUACCAGCCGGGCGAGCCGCUCUCGUCGGCGGCUUGGGACCGCCGGGCCAAGCGCCGCAAGCUGACGAUUGACAGGCUGAUGUGGAACGAGGAGGAGGGCAUGUUCUACGACUACGACACGGUCAAGAAGGAGCGGUGCACGUACGAGACGGCGACGACGUUCUGGGCCCUCUGGGCCGGCAUCGCCACGCCCAAGCAGGCGGCCGACAUGGUCAAGAAGGCCCUCCCCCGAUUCGAGAUGUACGGCGGGCUGGUGGCCGGCACGGAGAAGUCGCGCGGCGAGAUCGGCAUCGACCGCCCCAACCGCCAGUGGGACUACCCGUACGGCUGGGCGCCGCAGCAGAUGCUCGCGUGGACGGGCCUGCUCCGGUACAGCUUCGAGGAGGACGCCGAGCGGCUCGCGUACAAGUGGCUGUACAUGGUCACCAAGGCGUUUGUCGACUUCAACGGCGUCGUGGUGGAGAAGUACGACGUCACCAGGUCCGUGGACCCGCACCGGGUCGACGCCGAGUACGGCAACCAGGGGAUGGACUUUAAGGGAGUGGCCAAGGAGGGAUUCGCCUGGGUCAAUGCCAGCUACGUGUACGGACUUCAGAUCGUCAACGCCCACAUGAGGCGAGCUCUGGGUACCAUGACGCCAUACGAGACGUUUGUCAAGGCCAUGGAGAGGAACGAGGAGAAGGCGCUUGCGGACCUGCAUCUGGGAUAA